AUGUCAUCAGACAAUUCAUAUACCAGAGAUUUAAAAGACGAUAAUGAUGAUGUUAUGAAACUAUCAUUGACAAAAGGAAAUUUAGGCGUUGAACUUUGUGAAUCGCAAAUAUUAAACGAAAAUUCAGUCGUUAAACAAUUUAUUGGUGAUUUUGCUGUAGAAAUUCUUCCAAGGCUUAAACGAGCAGCUUUAAACAAAGAUUGGUUGAAAUAUCAUAAAAUUACAAAUAUUCUUACUAUUUCUCUGAACAUUAGACCUCGUUUUCCUGAAUCAUUCGUAUAUAAAGUGAUCGCAAUAAAAGAUAGCGAAUUUCAAAAUAUAUCAAAAUAUUUCGAUGAAACUUUUAUGUUUAUUCAAAAUGGUUUAGAUCAAGAAGAUAGAAGAAUUCUUGUUCAUUGCGAAAUGGGAAUUUCACGUAGCCCAAGUGUUGUUAUUGCUUAUAUAAUGAGAUCUCAGAAGAAAUCAUUAAAGGAUGCAUUAGCCUUUGUUCAAGAAAGACGACCAAUUGUUAUGCCAAAUCAAGGUUUUUAUAAGCAACUAGAAGAAUUCGAGACAGAAUUAUCGCUUAAUAACAAUUCAGAUUCAGAAUCGAAAUUAAUGAAUCAAAUCGGUAAAAAUUUUAUAAUCGAUUAUUUAGGUCAAUUUGCGUAA